ACGACAUUGGAGCAGGCAUCGUCGAUUCCCUCAAGGCGAUCACGACGAGAGGAGCGUAAAAGGUCAGCAGUGCAACCCUCAUAAUGCACCGUCGUCUCCUUUGCCGAAUCGCUCAAUCCCAGCGCUGCUCACUGCCUUACAAGGCCUCUGAUACGGCUUCGAUAAAACGAUAUGCUGUCGGUCGUGCCAACGCUGAAGUUCUACCUGACCAACUUCUUUAUGUGGCUGCUGAUGCUCGUGCGAGCGCCGCGCCGAGUGCGUCGCAGACCUUCCUGAUGGCCGCCGCGAGCAACGCAUCCACCACGCUGCUCGUUUUCUCGCUCAUCAUAUCCUCUGCACGAUGCGCCUGCAGUGGAAAAGCCUCCGCAGCCGGUGCAUGUAUCGCGAUCCCGUCGACCUCUUCAUCAAGUCCGGCCGCAAGGCCGGUGACGCAGGCCUAUACCAUGAGCUCAACAGCCAGCUGGCCAAAGGUCUCAUCGGCCAAGGCGUCACCAUCGCGAGCGGGUUCAUGACGACUUGUUGCUGCAGAACAAGAGCGAAAGACAUACUAUAGCCCACCCACCCCCGCGCACCUCCGCCUCGAAGUUGGUCAAACAGCGGAUCGAAAAGCUGUUUGUCAUCAUUUACCUCCUCGUUCAACCUUGGUAGGUGUUGUCCCUGCGGUCAUCGAAAAACCUGGUUUCAUGGUGCAUGUCAUAUAUUGCAGCUUCGAGCUUGCAAGCAUAUACCGCACUUUCGAUCUUACCCUUGUCAUGAGACAGUCCU